AUCCCGAAGCUGUUGCCAACGCGUCAUCGGCCAGUAUAAAAGGCGGGGGGCGUACGCAGAAACAGACCACCACUCUCUUCUCUUGCCUCCAUCUUCCAUCUCACUCGACCGCCCAUAUUCACCAUGUCGUCCAGCAACGAGGCCACUAAGUCGAACGGCCAGUACCACAGCACGAAGGGCAACGUUGUCGAGGCGAUCGGCAACCUAACCGGCGCCACCGACUGGCAACGUUCCGGCGCUGAGGAACACCAAGCCGGCGAGGCCGAGUACAAGGCCGCACAGGCAAAGGGGUACGCAGAAGGUCUGCAGGAUCAGGUCACUGGCUACGUCAAGAACAUCGGCGGCGCUCUCACCGGCAACAACUCCCAGCAGGCGGAAGGCGAGUCUCUAUCGUCUGCGCAGCUGAUGACUGGCUGA